AUGAGAUUCACCGCCCUUACUUCCGUUGCGAUUCUUGCAGCCACUGCUAUUGCUGCACCGGCCAUCCAGAGAGAGGAGAAACGGGCCUUCCUCACUGACGAGCUUGAUUCACGCGCGUUCGUCACCGAAGACAAGCGCGAGUUUGUGACUGAGCCAGAGAGACGCUCCUUCGUCACAGAGGACAAGCGCGGGUUCGUCACCGAAGAUGAAAUAGAGAAAAGAGGCUUUGUUACUGAGGAGAAGCGUGGAUUCGUCACGGAGCCUGAGAUGAACAAGCGCGGCUUCGUUACGGAGCCCGAAAAGAGGUCGUUUGUCACCGAGGACAAGCGCAGCUUCGUCACCGAACCCGAAAAGCGCGGGUUCGUUACUGAGGACAAGCGCAGUUUCGUCACUGAGCCAGAGAAGCGUAGCUUUGUCACUGAGCCCGAGAAGCGCGGCUUCGUCACCGAAGAGAAGAGGAGCUUCGUCACUGAGCCUGAGAAGAGAUCUUUUAUUACAGAGAAGCGCGGUUUUGUCACUGAGGAUAAGCGCGGCUUUGUUACGGAGCCCGAGAAGAGGGCCUUCGUGACCGAAGACAAGCGCAGCUUUGUGACUGAACCCGAGAAGCGCGGUUUCGUUACUGAGGAUAAGCGCAGCUUUGUUACGGAGCCCGAGAAACGUGGAUUUGUCACCGAGGAGAAACGCUCUUUUAUCACUGAGCCCCACAAGAGAGGCUUUGUCACUGAGGAGAAGCGUGCCUUCGUGACUGACGAGGACAUGGAGUAA